AUGCACAUCAACAUUGAGUUCCAGAAGACAAAGGACAAACCAUUUCGGACCUACUUUGAUGCAUUCGACAAUCUUCAUGGUGUUCUGUGUAAUCCUGAAUCACAUCCGGUCCCUGCUCAGUCAAAUUCUAAUGGCCAGAAACCUCAACCUCAAUACACAGAAGCCUUACAAUUAUGUACGUUUGUAGAGGGUGAGCUCCUUGGCACACUUCCUGACCCCGCUCGCGCACUUCGGCUGCCUGCUGCCACCGGGAAGCCACUCAAGGCUUGUAAUGAAUAUGAAAAGGCCUUCGAGGUGGCAUUUGGGGUCCCACAAAUGAAACCAGUUGUUGAAGCUCCCAACCACGCUUCACCAAUUCCUGCCGAUUUGGCCGGUGAAUAUGGACUUGUAGAUGUUGUUCUGGCAAUGUGCUUGGUUGGGUUAUCAAUGAUGGUAGUAAACGCAAACGGACCUGAGUCCAGUCAUGAACCUCACGUUAUCAAGGUGCUCUCCAAUACUGGCCUUUGGGACCCGAAUGAAGAAUCCCUCAAUACUGUCAUUGCAGAUUCACUACGCUUUACUCGCCAACGACGGCAGGUCAUCAAAGAUUGUUUGUUGAAACUGGGCGGUGGCAUCUUACCCUGCAUACUCCUGCUACCCAACAACCUUGACCAAUUAGUUUGUACGGUCAUGAGCGCCUUGAAAGGCAUACUCCCUGUUCUCAAGCAUCAUUCGCUUUCACAUUCUUCAAACGGCUCUGAUCUCAGUCAAAACCCCGCUCUUCAAUCUCCCACUCAAACCACCAGUACUUCUGCAGGAUAUGAUGGCUGCACCUAUGUCACACGGGGCCAAGCUCGAUGGGAUCCCGCCUUCAUCAAGUUUUUGCUUCCACUCUACUACCUGGCUCUCACGUCUAUCCUAUGGCUUCUGAGGUUUCCAACACCUGGAGAACCUUUUUUUAAGCUCACGGCAGAAAAAUGGGCGGGUCUGGAAGUAGCUUCAAGGAUCAUGUUUACAGGUGUAAGGCUAUACUAA